AUGACUGUUCUCACUGGUAAGCCACUUUCGCUGGCUAUCACUGCCACUGCAGGAAGUGGUUUCCUUCUAUUUGGAUAUGAUCAAGGUGUUAUGUCAGGUCUUUUGACCGGUACUGCAUUCACGCGGACAUUCCCGGAGAUUGACACGACCUCCGCAGGACAUGGCAGUUCUUCACUGCAGGGCACGGUGGUUGCUAUCUAUGAGAUCGGCUGCUUCUUAGGUGCCCUGAUUGCUCUGUUCGCGGGUGAGAAGAUCGGCCGUCGGUUGUGUAUCAUUGCAGGUUGCAUCAUCCUCAGCAUCGGAGCGGCGAUUCAGUGCAGUGCGUAUGGCAUCCCGCAGUUGAUUGUGGGUCGGAUCGUGGCCGGCGUCGGCAAUGGUCUCAAUACUAGUACAAUCCCGGUGUGGCAUUCGGAAUUGAGCAAAGCAUCCAGUCGAGGAAAAGGGCUGGCGAUCGAGCUCACGAUCAAUAUCUUCGGUGUCAUGACAGCCUACUGGGUUGAUUAUGGAAUGAGUUAUGUCGACAAUGAAGCUCAAUUCCGGUUCCCCAUCGCGCUGCAGAUCCUUUUUGCCAUCAUCACACUUCUGGGGGUGAUUGCCUUGCCUGAGUCGCCUCGUUGGCUUAUUUCCCACGGCCAACGCGACGAAGCGCAACACAUUAUCUGGGCUGUUCAGCCUAACGCAGACCAAAUUUCUGAGUCUGACGCCAUCGUCACCACAGAGGUAGCAGAGAUCUCUCGUGCUAUUGCAGAGGAACAGGCAGCAUCCCAGGAAGGAUCCUUCGGCAUGAUCUUCAGCAACGGGCCUCAGAAGUUCUUCUACCGCACGCUUCUGGGAAUGGGGGGGCAAUUUAUGCAGCAGAUGUCGGGAGUCAAUUUGAUCACAUAUUACAACACGGUAAUCUUCGAGAACUCGGUUGGUAUGAGCCACAACUUGGCCCUACUGAUGGCGGGCUUCAACGGGGUAGCCUAUUUUGUCUCUACCUUUGUCCCCGUCUGGACUAUUGAUAGAUUGGGUCGUCGGAAACUCAUGCUCUUUGCGGCGGCGGGCCAAUGCGGCUGCAUGGCCAUCCUAGCCGGCACAGUGUACGAUGGCGGCCAUGCGGCCGGUAUCGUAGCCACCGUGAUGCUGUUCCUCUUCAAUUUCUUCUUUGCCGUUGGCCUGCUGGCUAUUCCGUGGCUAUUGCCCGCUGAAUAUGCCCCGCUGGCGAUCCGAAGCCGCGCUGCUGCAUUGGCUACUGCCACCAAUUGGAUCUUUACCUUUCUUGUCGUGGAAAUCACACCCGUCAGUAUUGACAGCAUCGGCUAUCGCACGUAUAUUUACUUUGCUGUGUUUAAUUUCUGCUUCCUUCCCUUGAUUUACUUCUUCUAUCCCGAGACACGCAACCUCACGCUGGAACAAGUGGAUUUGCUUUUCACGGGAGAGAAGGUGCAGCUUCACUGGCACCCGUCGAUGGGCGCAGUGGGCGAUGUCAGUGAGCGCAUCGGAGACAAGGAGGUAGGAAUGAUAGAACAUGUUGAGUGA